CUGUUUUUUUAUCUGCUUUUGCGAGAGCACACCAUUAUUUUCCUCGAGUUUUUCCGUGAUUUCCGCUGAGAGUGUGCAAAAAAUCUCGUGUAAAUAGACAGAAUGUCUCUCAGAGACUUGGUGGAUCCCGAGUGCGGGGGCGCCAAUCAGUUGGUGCGCCUGGGAAAUCAGAUAACACGAGAUCCCACGUUCAAGGAUGAGGGAUUCUCAGGGGCGCAUCAAUCCGCCCUCCCCGGACGGCCGGUGUUCAACUCCGAGCAGCUGAUCAAUGACUUCAUGGCGCAGGUGACCAACGUGGCGCCCCCGCAGACCUUCCGCAUGGACACACUGCUCAAGGAGAUGCGAGACAUCGACGCCCAGAGCUUCGGGCAUCCUGUGGUGUCAGCGCCGCCGGUCAUUCAGGAGGUCCACCGCAGUGACACGUGGUCGAAGGACUUUCUGGACCACCAGAAGCACAUCUUCGAGCCAGACAAGGGCGCCAGUGGCGGCGGGCCGGCGAUCUGGACGCCCAGAAUGCCUCCGGGAAUGAUGGCAGACAAUCUCCUGCCGCCAGUGCAGAAUCCCGCGGCAAAUGUGACGUGGACGAAGGACUUCUUCGACAGUGCCGAGAAGGUGGAGCGGGAGAAGGCAAUGGAUGUCCAGCCAGAAGAUCAGGAGGAUCUGAAGCGUGCCGCUGAUGAUCUCCUGCGUGCCAUGGGAAAUGAUUCCGAUCCGUUCCAAUAUUCGGAAUUUGUGGAUUUCAUGAAGAACGUCAGUGAGAAUCCCUCGGUUCUCAAUAUGAGCGAUGAACAGGGUCAGAAGAUCACGGAGGAUUUGCUCCAUCCGGAUGAUCCGCAAGCUGAGGCGUCAGCGACUGACUGGGCGAAGGAUUAUGCUGAGAAAAUGAAGGAGGAAGCUGAUAAGAAAGAUGAGUACAAUCAACAAUUCUGGAAUCGGUUGCAAGACGAGUGGCGGAAAAUCGCUGAGGAGAACGAUGAGCAUCAUCCGUGGCUGACGGAGUUCCAGGACUUCUACGAUCCCUACAAGGAGUACAAAUUCGACGAGGACAACCCGAUGACCAACGACGAGAACGUGCUGGAGAAGGGCAAGGCCUUCCUGGCGCAGGGCGACAGUUCCAGUGCUGCUCUGUGCUUCGAAUCGGCCGCCAAGCAGGACUCCGCGAAUGCCGAGUGCUGGGAAUUGCUGGGGCGCGCUCAGGCGGAGAACGAGAAGGAUCCGCACGCAAUUGCAGCGCUGAAGAGAGCGCUGGAACUGAAGCCGGACAACAUGAAUGUGCUGAUGGCUCUCGCUGUUUCCUACACCAACGAAGGCCUGCAGACGCAAGCGCUGCGCGUGCUGAUCAACUGGAUGAAGAUGCAUCCCAAGUACGCCCAUUUGGUGCCGCGCAACUUGGCUGAGCUGGAGGAGGGCGCCGUGGGAGGAUCAAUAGCCAAACCGCCUUAUUUGGCGGAUGUGCAGAACCUCUUCCUCGCCGCCGUGCGAAUGGAUCCCAGCGUCAUUGACACAGACAUCCAGGAAGCCCUGGGAGUGCUGUUCAAUCUCUCUGCCGAUUACGACAAGGCCGUGGAUUGCUUCGAAGCCGUGGUGAAAAUGUCUCCCGACAAUCCCAAAGCCUGGAAUCGCCUGGGCGCCAGUCUGGCGAAUGGGAAUCGCUCUGUUGAGGCUGUGGAUGCUUAUCAGCGUGCUCUGGCCAUUCAUCCCGGCUUCAUCAGGGCGCGCUACAAUGUGGGCAUCAUUUGUAUCAAUCUGAAAGCGUACAAGGAAGCUGCUGAGCAUCUUCUCACCGCCCUCAAUCAUCAGGCAACGUCGUCGGCACGCUCGGGAAUCGUCAGGGAUGUUUCCUACAAGCAAAUGUCGAACAGCAUCUGGAGCACACUGAGAAUGGCCGUUUCCCUCCUGGGACGCCACGAUCUGCAGCCGGCGAUUGAUCGAAAGGAUCUGGACGCGAUGAAUGCGGCUUUUGAGAUGAAUGACGUUUAGGCAUUCCGGGAAUUCCUGCUCAAACUGCCCUUGUAAUGUGUAAGCUUGUGUUAUAUUGGUGAUAACGUUUGACUGGCAAUAAUAAUGGUGGGUAGAGGUAUUUUUACAACA